GAAAUGUAUUGAGAUGCAGCGUGUGUGUUCUAGUCAUCCGGAACAGGGGGCGGUGUACAGGGUGAGGGUGAGACUCGUGGUUGUGCAUAUACAUCAUUGCCGGCCACGUCAACACAAGAUGUCAUGUUCAGGAAAUGCAGUUCACAAGGUUAUGGCACAUGUGACCUUUCCAUCCAGGUUGACUUGCUGUUCUCAUCUAUGUGACUGGCAAUGAUGUUUGUGCACCUUAACAGCACUGAAGCAGUUAUCAAACCGAUAGAAAUAUGCCACCAAUGUUCUCAUAUUUGAGUUAGAGUCAGAUGUUUAAUAGCUUAACUAAAGUCAGAGUGAGCCAGUUUACCCAGGCACUCAUUUCUCUUUUGGUAUGUAGCGCCAACAAAUGGCUUUGAUUUGGACCUCUCUUUAAGUGCAAUAAAAAUAGUUUAUAUUGAUCCGUUAAGAGAAACACAGCAGAAAUAUUUUUGCAUCAUAGCUCAAAAGCGAAAGUGAAAUAUUAUUCCGUAGAAUAAUUUUGAGCAUGCAUUUGCUGAUCAGUGUGUUUGUGGGAAUUACUUUGUGGAGUUGUGGGUGCCAUUCAGAAGAUGCAGACUUCAAAGAUUGGCGGGGAAAACUGAAAACAAUUCGGAAUGGAAUUCAUAAGAUCGAUACGUAUCUAAAUGCAGCACUGGAUUUACUUGGUGGAGAGGAUGGGCUCUGCAAGUACAAAUGUAGUGAUGGAUCCAAGCCAGUUCCUCGUUAUGCUUUUAAGCCUCCACCGCCCAAUGGAUGUGGCUCUCCUGUGUUUGGAGUUCAUUUAGACGUAGGAAUUCCUUCCAUGACAAAGUGCUGCAAUCAACAUGAUCGUUGUUAUGAUACUUGUGGUAAUACUAAACAGGAGUGUGAUGAAAUGUUUCAGUACUGCCUUUCCGUAAUUUGCAGAAAUGUACAAAAAACAUUAGGAAUGGAUGCAACUGUACAGGCUUGUGAGAACGCUGUAGAACUGCUUUUCAAUGCAAUCAUGCAUUUGGGAUGCAAACCCUACCUAGACAGUCAGAGGGCCUCGUGCAUGUGUGCUUAUGAAGAAAAAUUUGAUCUUUGAUGUGAAGAUUGAAAAAAACAAAUGUUUUAAAUAAGAACCAACUGAUCAAUUAAUCUGAAAUAUUGUUUUCUCAGGAAUUGUUUAAUUGUGUCAGAUAUAUAAUAACAUUCCAUUAUGUAAUAAAAAUGUUUACAUAAUUUAAAA